AUGACGAACACUACAGGAAAUCUUGCCUUCUACGUGCCCCCAGCUGACGGAGCCCGCGCCUUCCAGAACGUCAAUGCAACAACGGAAACUGGUGUUCGAGCGAGGAACUUCACUUUGGAGGAGCAUGAUGUCCCGAUCCACGAUUUGCGCGGCCAAGAAUCGACGGCGACUCUCGACACGGCUGGCUUUCAGCUUUUUCAUUCCCCUGCCAAACAUACUGCCUUCACCAGUGAUGCCGAUAUUGAGCGGGAGUACUAUCCGGAGAGUAUAGAGCUGAUUAAACGGCUGACGGGGGCCAGUCGUGUCGUUCUGUUCGACCACACUAUUCGCCGGCGUCGUCCAGGGGAAAUCGACGACUCCCCAAACAAACGCCAGCCUGUGUCGCAGACACACGUUGACCAGACUAACGCCUCCGCUGUGGCGCGUGUCCACCGCCAUCUUCCAGCCACGGAUGUGCCCGAAUUGCUCAGCCAUCGUUUCCAGAUAAUAAACCUUUGGCGGCCAAUCAGCCAUCCAGCUCACGACUGGCCCCUUGCCCUGUGUGAUUUCCGCUCCGUGGACCCAAAGAACGACGUGCUGCCUGUAGCACUAGUCUACCCUGACCGCGAAGGAGAAACCUUUGGUGUCAAAUUCAGUCCCGAACAGCGGUGGACGUAUUUCUCUGGAGUAACACCAGAGGAAGUCAUUCUCAUCAAAUGUUUCGACUCUAAGCAAGACGGCAGUGUCGCGCUAUUCACGCCUCACACAGGCUUUAGCGACCCAAACACGCCAGAAGGAUCUCCACUGCGCGAGUCCAUUGAGCUUCGUGCUCUAGUUUUCUACGACAAUUAA